GACUGUGCCUUUAUAAUAACAUUUAUACCUUAUGUAAUUCAGUGUUUUUACAUUGUGGUACAACUUUAACUUGAGUAAAGGAUGUGACUUCUUCCUCCACCACCACAGGCACUGUAAGGGAGCUGGUAAAAGUUGUGCUGAAUGCAGAUUAUUACAUAACGAUUGCCUCCUAACUCCAAACAGCCAGGAGCAGACGGACCAUUAAAACAACCUUGUAGGCAGCACUGCGCAUAUCUGUACCCCGCAGCAGCUUCUCAGGAACGGGCACCAUCACGACUUCAUCCGGCAAGGACAGGUCAGUAGGAGAGAGUACAUCCUGGUGCUCUAACGAUGCUCCCGUAGACGACGCUGUUAUAUUUUCUAUAUUGCACCGUCAUGACUGGAAAAGCACCGCAGCCCAGGGGCGUCUCUCUCCGGCGUUUUUGGGUGAUACUGUAACGGCUGAAACGGGCUGACCAGGCAGCUGAAAACAGGGUUAGCGAGGAGGUUAAAAAAAGACUAAAUCACUUCCUGAUGAACCCUACCGAUCAAAAGAAGAACUGCGUGGCUGAGUGGAGGAGGCUGGGGAGAAAAACUGACACGUGGAUUACUCCUCCUAGGGCAUCAGGAAAAACAGUCUUCCUCCUCUAGCUCAGUUCCGCGACCAUCGCUUGAGGUCCUGUUCGUCCAGUCUUUCGGGUUACGGAUUUUAAACGUCGAACAACCCUCCCGAGAUGUGAAACGGUUACGCGGAGAAGGUUUGUCUCUCGCUGAAACGUGCACUUUUCUCACUAUCGACCCCGGAAAAAUAAGAGCUCCAAAGUAAAUAGCCGAAGCGGUUGAGAGGAGGCUGCCGUUACCUCGCGUUGAAUGGCAGUAAUUCAAAAAUAUGGCAAGAACUAUGGUCCAGAUUUGGUCUGUCACAAGGAAAACCAUCCGUCCGACAAGAUCGGAGUCCCUGGGUGUCAUAAGAAGUGGCCGGAACACAACACGAACUGGUCAAGGCCAGUGGCGAGGGUAUGGACAGUGGUGCUGCUGCUGGGGACGUGCCUCCUCUACUGCGCUCGCGUGGCAAUGCCCAUCUGCGCCGUCACCAUGGCAGAGCAGUUCAACUGGACCAAAAGGGAGUCCGGCAUGGUGCUGGGCAGCUUCUUCUGGGGCUACUGCUUCACCCAAGUGUUUGGUGGCUACGUCAGUGACCGGGUGGGAGGUGAGAAGGUGCUCCUGCUGUCUGCAGCAGCCUGGGGGUCGAUGACAGCCUUCACCCCAAUCCUGGCCCACUUCUGCUCCCAGCCAAUCCUCUCCAUGACACUGGCCCGUUUCCUCAUGGGCCUGUUGCAAGGCGUUCAUUACCCGUCUCUCGCGAGUCUGUGCUCUCAAAAGGUGGUGGAGAGUGAGAGAGGCUUCCUCAUGAGCACCGUGGGUAGUGGCUCCUACCUGGGCACUCUUGUGAUUGGAGGGGCUGGCUCCCUCAUGUUGGACCUGUAUGGCUGGGAGAGUGUUUUCUAUGUCUCUGGUCUCCUCUCAGUCCUGUGGGCCUACUGCAUGUGGAAAUAUCUACUCAAAGGGGAAGGCCCUAUCAUCACUCUUGAGUCCCUGGGAAGCGGUGGGCCCCAAUCCAAACUGUCCAGGAGACAUUGGUUGCGGCUCCUCAAACAACCUGCAGUCUGUGCUGUCAUUGUUACGCACCUCUGCACAGCGAGCACCUUCUUCACUCUCUUGUCAUGGCUGCCAACAUUCUUUAAAGACACUUUCCCGGAUGCCAAGGGUUGGGUGUUCAAUGUCAUUCCCUGGUUGGUGGCUAUACCCUCAUCCCUCUUCAGUGGCUGCUUGUCUGACCACCUCAUCAGUCAAGGUUUCGAUACAGCCUCAGUGAGGAAGUUGAUGCAGUUUUUCUCCAUGGGUGUGUCCAGUGUGUUUACCCUUCUUCUGUGUGGCAACCCCACCUUCCCCUGGGCUGUAGCAUUUGUGUCUGCCACCAUGGGCCUCACCACCUUCAGUCACAGCGGGGUGUCUGUAAAUGUUCAAGAUCUUGCUCCUUCCUGUGCUGGAGCACUAUUUGGUGUUAUGAAUACAUGUGGUGCUUUCUCAGGGGUCCUCAUGGUGUAUUUCUCGGGGUAUCUCAUUGAGGCCACAGGCUCGUGGGCGUCUGUGUUUGCCCUCAUUACCACAGUCAACCUGCUGGGCCUCUGCACCUUCCUGGCUUUUGCCGAGGCCCGCCGGGUCGAUAUUGACUCCAGCAAGGUGCGCCACCACAACAUCCACAUCUAAAUCGUUACUCAUCGGAGGGACCAGAAUGCUAUUCCAACCAGCAGCUAGGACAUUAUCCACACUGGAGAACUAGCCAAUGGAUAGCAAGUGGCACACGGAUAAAACCUGCAUAUAACACCCGGGAAACAUAGAUCGGUCCCGCGUCUGGUUAAGGAAGUACUGCAACAGUUACUGAAAAGCACACAGCAGAGUCUGCACAAUGUUACCGACAAAUCUUAAGGAGCUAGAGCAUCGAAGCCGAGAAAAACACAGCUGUGUUAGCGGAUGCUCUGUCAGCUCAGGGAGCAUCUGGAAGAUGGGGAACAGGAGAAAAAAAAAGAAAAAGUCUACGCUACCUCCAGGUCCCAGCUCGUGCAGAGGAUGGUGGUUACAUAGUUGCUGGGCUACGGUUUAUGCUUGUUACAGAAUGUGUUACUGAAGCCUAGAGAAGUCAGAGAGAUUGUUAUCCGAAAGCAGUAGCUCACUCUUUUUGGUGUGUUUGUGUGUGUGUGUGUGUGUGUGUGUGUGUGUGUGUGUGUGAAAGGAGCUGUGAGAGUGAUGGAUGUGUUAGUCUCAGGAGCCUCCCUGUGACAGCUGUGACAGACCAAGGUGGUGUGUUCUUACCCUGCAGGGAUAGAGGGGUGUGUGGGUGGGAGCAACUGAAAGGGGGGGGGGGGGGGGGGGGGUGUUUGACGCAGGAAGAGUCCAGCACCUCAUACCUGGUCUUUUAUUAGUAUCCCCCACUCACCCAUCUCUAAGAGAACGCUCUGAGUGACACCUCAUUACCCGGCCACUAAUUACUUGGCAGUCGCUCUAAUGUCCUGUACGAUUUACCUUCUACGGUCCCCGUCUCCAUAGUUACGAGCUCAUCUUAUUGUUACAGUUCAAGGGGGUCAGAUAAAGCUUUAUGGCAAGCAAGGCUUUAACCGAGUGCAUUCUCCCUGACUGUUGUCUUGAAGAAUAUGUCUUGAGUCAGAAGACCAAAGGUUAUUAAUUAUUUUUAUUUUCUUUCUAUGUGAUUGCAUGUGAUAGAAAUACCUCACUUAAUUAUUUUGUGUACUUAUAUAUUUAUACAGCUCAAUGAUUUUUUUUGUCAAUUAAAAAAAACAUUUUUGAGAGAGAAAAAAAUAUAUUCAGUUAGAUAACAGGAAAAGAAAUAUAUCAGGUAAGACGAUGGAAAAUCAUAAGUUUUAAAAAGUGUGAUGCAAUAUGGAAAAUCUUUCUUUCUGCAAGUCUAGUAUCCUCACUUUUUCCUCUUCUCUGACCUGCACUUUCCUAACGAGACAGGAUUGGUGGAAAGAAACUUGCCCAUAUAAUCACCUCCAACUUUUUUUCUCAUUUAAAGAUCCACUCUUAUUAUCGCACUUAAUAUCACUGUUACCUAGCCUCUAGACAGGAAGUGAUGUCAGUAGUCGGAAAAGGAGAUCGUUAGCAGAGGAGGGAACCCAUUCGCUUGUCAUGGCGGUGUCAGACGAAGUGUAUCUCUACGCUUUGUCUCAUUAAAGCAGUUUUAAAUACCAUAAGUCUCCAUGUUAGACUCUGAUGUGAUGAAUGUCACUGGAAGAGGCGAGAGGAUUUAAAAAUGAUGUCUUUGGGUUCAAGUUUGUUUGAGGAACUGGAGAACAUUUGGUGUAAUGUUAUUACUGCAAAGUACAGUAUGUAGCAGCAUGCAGCUAGCUGCAUAGUUCUGGCUGACUGUUGAAAUGACUUUUCUAGCAUUUAGCUUCAGUGUUCACAAAGCAGCUUUGCCAUUUCUGUUUUACAUUUAGAAGAUGUGUCCAGUCUAGACGCUUACUUGACAUGUGUGUACUUUAAAUCUAUGCAUUUAUUAUUUUGUGCCUAAUUUAAGCAAUGAGAGAACUGCAAGAUGUGUUCACUGACAUCACACAGUGUCAUCGUACAUUGCUAAUAUUUGCCUUGUUAUUAGGGGUUUUGUUGCUUUGUGUCACUUGUCACUGUUAUUUACAUACAAAGGCACAUAGGCUUUUGUUUUCUUGGAUGUUUUCUAUAGUCACUUGAAAGUCUUUUUUUUGGUUCUUUUGCCUUGUCUUAUUUUUGAAAUGCCUGUUAUAUUUGGUCAGUGGUUACAAAAGUAUGAGAAUAAGAAAUUAACUAUACAGCAGAGUUGACACCCGAUCUGAAAUAUCUUUAGAUAGAUAUCUUGAGAUUAUAAAGAAAGUAUACACCUCCGCCUUUCAGAUACACAAUUACGUCUAUUUAAGCUUUCAACAUUUUCCGGUUUUUAUUUUUAUUUUUGGAAACCAAUGCCACACAUUCCUUAGAUGUUUAACCCGCCUUAGCAGAUGUGCAUUUCCAGAUGCCUUCAUCGCUUGUCCCUUUUUUUCACUUUUGACUUUCACUUUUUUUCAUUAUCCCUUUUUGUCACUCUGCCGAUGUCCUGCAAAAUGUAAACAUUUACAUGAUAAAAUAGCUAGAGUUCUGUUCACCAAUAUAUUUCACUGCAGGUUCCUGAAAGCCUUCUGACUAGUUUUUGAUAAUGUGUAAGAUAUGUAUGAUAAAAAGAAACAUUAAUGCAAGAAAAUGCAGUAUUGCUUUUAAGAUAUGUUGUAUUUAAAAGCCUAUAUUAUCUUUGAAUAAAAAUAUAUUUUGUCAGCA